GAAAUCACAAAACACUGUAUUCGAAAUCCAAAAGAAGAUCGUAAAGUGAAAGUGAAGAAAAUAUGAGUUCUACAAGCAAAGCCUGGACGGUGGCAGUUAGCAUCGGAGUAGUAGAGACGUUGAAAGACCAGUUAGGUCUUUGUCGGUGGAACUACAUGUUCCGGUCGGUGAAUCAGCAUCUUCGGAACAAUGUCAGAACUGUUUCUCAGGGGAAAAGGUUCUCGUCUUCUGUUGCCGCCGCUAACUCGUCUGGUGAGAGUGAAAAGGCAAAGAAGUGUGAAGAAUCGCUUAGAACGGUUAUGUAUUUGAGCUGUUGGGGUCCUAAUUGAUUAGGACUUUAGUUUAUAAUGUAUAGUUUUGUAAUUUCUAAGAUGACUUGGAGAAAUGGAGUUUUAAUAUAAUUUUUGGUUCGAAAAAGAAAAAUGUCAAUGAAA